AUGUUACGCAAUGAUGCCAGCGGUGUGCGGACAGGUGUACCUAAGUCUCUCAGGUGCAAAGUUUACUGGAUGAGCAAAGUAAAAUUUCCCGUAUCUGUUAUGCUGCAGGCUAUAGGGAUUGUGGCAAUGUCAUUUGAGAGUACAUUGAUUCUUCAUCUGUAUGAGACCAAAAGUAUUUCCGAAAAGCUCAUUGGUGACGAUUUCUCUAAACCGAAAUGCCUCAUCAGUGGAGUAAUACAAGUGUGUGUCUUUGGCUCAAAUCUUUUUCUAAUAUUAAUUUGUUAUAUGCAUCAA